AUGUUUGCAGUAUUGUUUUUAUUGUGUUUAUGGUUGCGGUGAAGUCGCAAGAAUGCACACAUACAGACAACGGCCAGAAAGGAAGAUGUGUCAAUAUGGAGGGUUGUCCGACUGCGAUCAGAGAUUUGAAAUUUAACAUACAUCCCCACAUUUGUUCAUUCAACGGGACGUCAAAAAUACCUAUCAUUUGCUGUCUGGAAGAAGCUAAGAAUAUUACGGCGAUCCUAGGUCCAGACGCGCUGACCUCAAGUAUGGAAGACCAGGGAUUGUGUCCGCUAUUCGACUCCAAUGCGCCAAAUAAUACGAAACCAAAAAACGUACCCGAAACAUCCAAAGCUUGGAAUAAAUGCCUCGAGUAUCAAGCAAAAAUAAAACUACCUUGUAAAGAUGGUGUAAAAAAGUUUUGGCCAUAUUGCAAUAAACAGUUGGGACUAAUUAUAGUGGGAGGAGGGGGGGUAGAUGCUGAGAAAGAUGAAUUCCCUCAUAUGACAUUGCUGAUGUAUGGUAAAAAGUCGAUAAGAUCGUUCUUUGGAUGUGGAGGCUCUCUAAUAAGUGAGAAGUACGUUCUGACAGCUGGACAUUGCACUGCCACCUCUAGAGGGAUUCCUGUUUCGUUCGCUAUAUUUGGACUUCUCCACUUUAAGGACAUGCACAGUGCGCCCAAAGAGAAUGUUCGAGGGAUACAGAAGAUUAUCAAGCAUCCAGAAUUUAAGCCUCCCUCCACCUACCAUGACAUAGCCCUGCUAGAACUAGAUAAAGAGGUCGUAUUUAGUCCGAGUAUAAGGCCUGCUUGCUUGCAAGUAGAGGAUGACUUCGAGCACAGAGCGUAUGCGUCAGGCUGGGGGCUGUUAGGAUAUCGACAACAGAACGCAGAUAUAUUACAAAAUAUACCUCUAUGGAGAGUCGCAGAUGAGGUCUGCAGUGCCAAGUAUCUGACACAUAGGACCUUUAUCAAUGGGCUGGACAAUGAUACACAAAUCUGCUACGGAGACGAUGGGAUAGUCAGAGACACAUGCUCAGGUGACAGCGGUGGACCUCUGCAUAUCAUAAACGAGAAUGUAUUCUGUACACAUCUGAUACUGGGGGUGACUUCUUUUGGCAAAUACCGCUGUGGAGAGGUCGGGACUCCCGGAGUGUAUACCAAAGUACCGCAUUAUGUGCCGUGGAUUGAAAGCGUGGUGUGGCCUUAG